AUGGCCGGCACUUCUGGGAGCGAGAAUAUUCUGGAAGUUGAUGGAUGGGUCAAUUCCUACCUGUUUGACGUAUUCUGCUAUAAGAAGCCGGAGGGGUAUGCAGUUGAUAACACCGCCGAUGCAGUUGACAAGAUUGCCAUCUCUACCGGCAAACCUUUCAUAAUCACAGUCAUAAUCACCGUCGGAGAGAGACAAAAUCAGGCCCCUCUAAUCAAUGCCGAACAGAACCCAUCUAUUCUCUAG